AAGCUACCACGUCCUAAUAAAGCUUUCAAGGGUUUAGGAAGGGGUUUUUCUCAUUUCUCUGUGUUGCGUCUUCGCCGCCUCCCUCUCUAAUGGCCAUCGCUUCUCUACUCGUUUCCAGGCUCUGCAGAUCAAAAGCAAUUGCUUCUGGUGUUUCCUCUACCUUGGCGCAGGUUUCUGGCAAUGCGAAGGUAUCACAUGGUACAUCCCUUUUGACACAAAGAUGGGCAGCUGCAGCAAGGGCUUUCAGCUCAAAACCAGCUGGAGGUGAUGUUAUCGGGAUAGACCUGGGUACUACAAAUUCAUGCGUAUCAGUUAUGGAGGGGAAGAACCCGAAAGUGAUCGAGAAUGCAGAAGGUGCAAGAACUACCCCAUCUGUAGUCGCCUUUAACCAGAAGGGGGAACUCUUGGUGGGUACUCCUGCAAAGCGCCAAGCUGUCACAAAUCCUACAAACACUCUGUUUGGUACCAAGCGCUUGAUAGGAAGAAGGUUUGAUGAUGCACAAACCCAAAAGGAAAUGAAGAUGGUUCCUUACAGAAUUGUCAAGGCUCCCAACGGUGAUGCCUGGGUAGAAAUGAACGGACAGCAAUACUCUCCAAGCCAGAUUGGUGCAUUCGUCCUUACCAAAAUGAAGGAGACAGCGGAGUCCUAUCUUGGGAAAACUGUUUCGAAAGCCGUCAUCACUGUACCAGCCUAUUUCAAUGACGCUCAACGACAAGCGACAAAGGAUGCUGGGAGAAUUGCUGGCCUGGAUGUGCUGAGAAUCAUCAAUGAGCCGACUGCAGCUGCCCUUUCUUAUGGAAUGAACAAGAAGGAGGGUUUGAUAGCCGUCUUUGAUUUGGGCGGUGGGACUUUUGAUGUCUCAGUCCUUGAGAUCUCCAAUGGAGUUUUCGAGGUUAAAGCCACAAAUGGAGAUACCUUCUUGGGCGGUGAGGACUUUGACAACACUUUGCUCGAGUAUUUGGUGAGUGAGUUCAAGAGGACGGAUUCUAUUGAUCUAUCCAAAGACAGACUGGCCCUGCAAAGGCUAAGGGAGGCGGCGGAGAAGGCGAAGGUGGAGCUCUCCUCCACUACACAGACAGAGAUAAACCUUCCUUUCAUCACUGCUGAUGCCUCAGGCGCCAAACACUUCAACAUCACACUAACCCGCUCGAAAUUCGAGAUGUUGGUGAACCAUUUGAUAGAGAGAACCAGAAACCCCUGCAAAAGUUGUUUGAAGGACGCAGGGAUAUCAGUAAAAGAAGUUGAUGAAGUUCUUUUAGUCGGUGGAAUGACGAGGGUACCCAAGGUCCAAGCAAUUGUUUCGGAGAUUUUUGGGAAGUUGCCGAGCAAGGGUGUGAACCCCGAUGAGGCGGUUGCCAUGGGAGCUGCCAUACAGGGCGGGAUCCUGAGGGGUGACGUCAAGGAGCUCCUUUUGCUUGAUGUCACGCCACUGUCCCUUGGUAUCGAGACUUUGGGAGGGAUAUUCACGAGGCUUAUCAACCGCAACACUACUAUCCCAACCAAAAAGAGUCAGGUUUUCUCCACUGCUGCCGAUAACCAGACCCAAGUUGGCGUACGCGUCUUGCAGGGCGAGCGGGAGAUGGCUGCGCACAACAAGCUUCUCGGGGAGUUUGAGCUGACCGGCAUUCCUCCUGCACCAAGAGGCAUGCCUCAGAUUGAGGUAACCUUCGACAUUGAUGCCAAUGGCAUCGUCACUGUUUCUGCGAAGGACAAGGCGACAAGCAAGGAACAGGCUAUCACAAUCAGAUCCUCAGGUGGGCUCUCUGAGGAGGAGAUCGAAAAGAUGGUAAAGGAGGCAGAGCUCCAUGCACAGAAGGACCAGGAGAAGAAGGAGUUGAUUGAUAUCAGGAACACAGCAGAUACCACCAUUUACAGCAUAGAGAAGAGCUUGAACGAAUACAGGCAGAAGAUCCCUGCAGAAGUUGCAACAGAGAUUGAGGCUGCAAUCGCUGAUCUGAGGUCGGCCAUGGGUGGUGAGGAUGUGGACGCGAUCAAGGCGAAGCUGGAUGCAGCGAACAAGGCAGUGUCGAAGAUAGGGGAGCAUAUGCAGCAGGGAGGGGGAGGGUCAGGGUCUCAAGGUGGGGACCAAACUCCUGAAGCUGAGUAUAAAGAAGCUAAGAUGUAGGAAGGUGAAGGUCAAUUGUGUUUUCUAUCUAUUUAAAGGAAGUUAGGAUUGUUGUUUUUUUAAUCUUUGUUUUAUCUUCUCCUCUAUCUAAGAUUCUAAGUAGGGGUGUUAAAAUGCAAUAGGUGUUUUAGAGCUGAGUAGCUGUAUAGGCCAUUGUCUCUGGGAACACUUUCUCUAGUGCUUCACAAACCACCCCCCCUUUCCUGUGCUUUGAAACGGACAUUGAUUGAAAUUGAUUGAAAUGAAUGAUUUUUUAGGCUUCUUCA